GUUGUUGUUGUUCAGCUCUAAAAUAUUCAUUUUAACCUUGAAAACAUUCUUACAAAUAAUCAAAUAAGCUGUGGAACAAAGUAUUGAAUCCAAAAAUCAACGAAAACCAACAAAAAAAAAAUCUUCAUUUAACAACUAAUUUUGAUCCAAAUGCUUAAGGUCACAUAUAUUUGUCAUCGACAUGCUUGUCGAGGGCAGGGACAUAACAUUUUUCCUCCUGAAACGAUUGGCACAAAGCAUACCGGUUGCUUUUGCAUCAUCAUCAUUAUCAUCAACAUCUUCAUAUCCAUUGCCAUCGCUUUCAUUGAUUUGUUAUCCGGAUGUUUCGUCGCCGAUCAUAACCAAUCAUCACAACUGUGAAACAACGACAAAUAAAAUUGAUGCCCAACAGAAUCUGCUCAGUUUGUCCAAAGACAAAUCGAUUAUUAAGAAUCAAUCGUCAACAGAUCCAACAACGACAACAAGGUCUUUCAUCAAUCAUUCAUCGAUUAUUUCCCGUUCCAUUUGUAAAUUUCCACCACUACUUUCAACGUUUAUAAUUAUAAUUCAUUUGCUCAUAUUAAUUCCAUCAUCAACAGCAUCUUACACAUCGUCAUUCAAAUUGUUAUCAUCCAUUUUCAUUAACCUUUGUAUAAUAUUGUGCAUCAAAUAUUUAUUAUAUUUUUGUUUUGAUCAACUUAAAACAUCAUUAUCAUCAUUAUUGUUGCUGUUGUUGUCGUUUGUUCAUCAUCAUCAUCAUCAUCAUAAUCAUCAUUCAUUAUCAAACCAAAGUCAAAGGGUGAAUUAUAAUAAUCUGGUCAAAAUUGAAAGGACGGCGGCCGUAUCAUUAUUAUCAUUUUCAUUGUCUCGAAAACAAAUCAUACGAUUGAUUCUAAUUGCGAUGGUUUCGUUGACGAUCUUUCGUGCCGACGUUCAUCCAAAUCAUCAAUCAUCAUCACCAUUAUUAUUAUUAACAAAUAGAAUAUUCGUCAAUGCCGAAUCUGUAUCUGUUGCAUCUUCCGUAUUUGAUGAAUCAAGUCACAAACAAGUGAACGAUAAUGAUAUACAUUCCAGAAAUACUAAUGGAUCACCAUUAUCGCUAUCAUCAUCGAUAAAAUUCGAUAGUGAGCAUUUUCAACGUGUUGAACGACAAUUUUUAAGCAUGAUGGGCAUAUCGAAAAGACCAAAUCCAGCCAAACAUCAUAAGGUACCUGAAUAUAUAAUUGAUCUCUAUAGGUGGUUUAAACAAAGUACCGAUCAAAUAGCACAUUCUAAACAAGAAGAUGAAUUAAAUAAUGAUCAAGAUGAUGAAAAUGUUGAUAAUAAAAUGCAAUCAAAUUCAUUGAUUGGUUUAACUACCGAGGAUUUGUAUGAUAUUCAAAAUUCGUUGCCUCAUAAUCACAAUGAUUAUGAUGGCCCUAUUGAACAUCAUCGUCUCAUACGACGGCGUCGAUCCACACAAUUCUCACGUGUGACAUUACAAGGUCCAUCAACAACAGUAAUUAGUCACAAGACAUCAUCAUUAUCAACACAUCUUACGACGUCUAUAUCUAAAGAAGAUGAUCAUGAAAAAGAAAGACCUGAAUCGCCGUCUAACAUUGACAAUAAGGACGCAAAUCAAAAAUAUUCAUCAAAACAUCAAACACCUAUAACUCAUCUGAAAUUUAAAAUCCAACUACCCAGUGAUGAAACAUUGACUGGAGCUGAAUUGCGUCUCUAUCGCCACUCUAUACAGGAACAUGAAUCAUCAUCAAAAAUACAGCCAACAAUAAUCGAUAAUGAUUUAACAAGAAAAAGUUUGUUAUCUGCGCAUAAUAAGUUCUGGCCAUCCACAUAUCAAUCAUUAUCGACGAUGGUAAAAUCGACUACUUUCGACAAUAGUCAUCCAAUAAUAUCGAAAGUUAAUAAUUCUCUCUCGAAUUCCGGUGAAGAGUAUUCAACACAUUCAUCAUCUGAUGUUAAUGAUAACCAUCGAUAUCUACAGCGUGUCAAUAUCUAUCAUUUAUUACGACCAUUAUCUAAAGAUGAUCAACAACAAAUGACAAGUGAGACCAUUCUGAAGAGAUCAAAAUUGAUUGAUACACAAGUGAUUGAUUUACGUGAUUCGGGUUGGCUUAGUUUUGAUGUAUAUCCAGCCGUUGAAUGGUGGCUAAAACAUCCAACGGAAAAUUAUGGCCUAUUGAUCACCAUUAAAGAUCUUGAUAACCGACGUGAAUCAUUAAAUUCCCAUUUGUUCGUAUUUAAUUCUGGCCAAGUGCAAUCGGCAACAAGUGAACAGCAAAAACAUCAACAACAGCCAGAAAUCGAUGAAAAUCAUGAAUGGCAUGAGCUACAGCCUUUGAUUAUAACAUUUUCAAAUGAUGCACAAACGCACCAACAUUAUCUUUUGAGUCAGGAAAAGCUAUUGAAUCGAUCUAAACGUGAACGAAAAAGAGGAGGAAGUGGAGAAAUGGGAAAUGGUCAAUCAAAUAAUUAUGGCCAACAACGAUCAAAGAAGAAAAAUCAUAAAAAUAGCUCCAGAAGACGUCAAUAUUGUCGCCGAUAUAAGAUGUAUUUCGAUUUUAAAGAUGUAGGCUGGAUGGAUUGGAUCGUUGCACCUCCUGGUUAUCAGGCAUUCUAUUGUAAAGGUGAAUGUUCAUAUCCGAUGUCACAACAGAUGAAUAAAACGAAUCAUGCCAUCAUACAAUCGCUAAUCAAUUCGGUCAAUCCUGCUGUCGUACCAGAGCCAUGUUGUAUACCUACUGAUCUAUCAUCUGUGACGUUACUAUAUCUGGAUCAUAAAGAAAAAGUGGUGCUCAAAAACUAUCCAAAUAUGGUUGUCGAAGGAUGUGGUUGUAGUUAGAAAAAAAUAAUAAUUCCAUAUGAGUUGGCAAAAAAAAACGGCGAAAAAAAUCUGAAUACCAUAAUAAGACAAUCUGAGAUAUAUUUUCUGUAUUAUUAUGAUUAUAAAAUUUUGAAUGGAAAAAAAAUGAUAAAUCUCAUUGUUCUUGUUCGAAACCUCCAUUUUGAAUCACAAAUUCACUACUAAUUAAAUUAUAAAUACGCAUGAAACACAAGCGUACCCACCUAAACCAAUGAAAUAAAUACAUCAAUUCCAUAUUAAAAAAAAAUGCACAGAUUAAGAAAAAGAUUUAUAAUCUUAUUCUCAUCAAUGAAGAAUCAUUAUCAUCAUCAUCAUCAUUUUUUCGAGUUAAUGAAGAAUAAUUCAAAAUAUAUUUUUUCGA